AUGCGAAUUGCUCAUCGAGAUAUCAAACCAGAAAACAUCUUUGUCGCUAAACACUUUGUGCUGAAAUACUUCGCCAAAUACGAAUUUCUACCCGAAAUACAACCGAACCAAACGUGUUUGACGAAACCGAUUGGGCUUGAAAGUUUGGAAGAGCAAAGUUUAUCGACCAUCAAUCCACCAGAUGCCACUUUUGGAAGUGAUCACAAGGAGAACACCGAAGAGAAACCCAAAGAAAUCCCGUUGAUCGUUCCCACUUUCCUUCUCAACAAUGUUCUGCCAAAAAUCAAAAGAACGACGAAUCUACGCAACAUUUCUGUUUCUUGGCCACUGAGAAAGCGAUACUUGACAAGUCCAAAAGCCAAAGUACCGAUUCGUUUGGAAAUCUGCGACAUGCAAUUGUGCAAUGUGAAUGAGUAUAGAGCUGCGUUGGCCAGUGAACUCUUGAAAAUUCAUUGUCUUUCCGAUUUCAAUCAAUUCGAGCAACAAACUCUGAUAAAAAGUGAUAUGGAUUGGAAGGAUGAACAUCAACGAGAGUUUUGUCGACAAAUGAACAUCGCAAUUGAUGAGUUCUGGGAAUACAAAGAGAUUAAA